AUGUUCUGGUUCUCGCAGUCUCGCGCAUAUUUGGCAGCCACAGUGAGGCGCAAUCAAAGCAGAAACAGCGACUGGAGAGACGAGAGGGGAACCAACGGCCCUUUGGCUGAGCUGAUUUGGAUUUUGGUCGAAAGAAGCGUCGAUUAAUAAAAUGACCAGAGGAAACCAACGUGAGCUAGCACGCCAGAAGAAUGCCAAAAAAAACAACGACCAGUGUAAAGGGAAGAGGAGCGACGAUGGGCUGUCUGCUGCUGCUCGGAAGCAGAGGGAUGCCGAGAUAAUGCAACAGAAGCAGAAAAAGGCAGAUGGAGGGGAGAAAGGAGGCACCAAGACCAAGUAAAGAAUGAAGUCGGGAGACGAAUUCAACUCAGUGUUAAUAACCUCCCAUGUUCAGCAUUCUUCCUGAUGUUUAUGAGAACGGAUCUGUCAUUUUGGUCUAGCCUCGAGAAUCUAGAAUCCUACAUUCUUCCCUACGGCAAAUGACAUUGCUUGUUGGAUUUGUUAUUUUACUCGGUGAAAUUAUGUCUGAGCAAGUUAGCAGUUGUCCCACGCUGAUGCUGCAUGCAGAGGAGCAUCAGUGGUGUAAGCAGCAGGAGAAAGAUGAACAAUUCUUGACACAAAGCAUCCACGUAACAGUUGUGUAUUUUUGUACAAAAACGUCCCCUGCUGGUUUUAAAUAAAGUAUCUUUUUAGUUCA